UCAACAGCUUAACAGCGCUCGACACCACGCAACUUCAGGUGGCGCCCCUCUGCGAAAUUCACCUACUGAGAUCAGCUUCAUUGAGGACCGUCAACAUCUGUAGUCAACUCCGGCCGCUUGUUACAACAGUCGCCUCAGAAGUUUCUCCAUCGCAAACAUGGCGGCGGAGCAGAGAAAGCUCCUGGAGCAACUUAUGGGCGGUGGCAUCGCCGCACGCCCUGCUCAAGUAUCUCUCACCGACUCCAAGGUCUGCCGGUCCUACGUAGCCGGCACAUGCCCUCACGACCUCUUCACAAACACACGACAAGACCUCGGACCUUGUCCAAAAGUACACUCGGAGGCGCUCAAGGCGGAGUAUGAGGCUCUCCCGGAGAAGGAGCGACAAAAAAUGGGCUUUGAGUACGACUACAUGCGGGACCUGCAAAAGUAUAUCGACGAGUGCAACAGGAGGAUAGAUGCGGCGCAGAGGAGGCUGGAGAAAACACCUGACGAAAUUAGGCAAACGAACGUUCUUCUACGAACGAUAUCCGACCUCCAAAACUCGAUAAACUGCGGCCUGGUCGAAGUCGAAAUCCUAGGGGAGUCGGGCCAGGUAACUCUCGCGUUAGAUGAGUACGUGCGCGUACGUCAAAAUCAGGCGGCCAAAGCCGAGCGGGAAAAGGAGCUUCGCGCGCUCGCCGACACGGGCGGGCCCUCGGGUCACCAGAAGCUGCAGGUAUGCGACGUCUGUGGCGCGUACCUAUCGCGCCUCGACAACGAUCGACGACUGGCGGACCACUUUUACGGCAAAAUGCAUCUCGGCUACGCUCAGAUGCGGAAGACGUACGACGCCUUCCCCAAAGAGUUGCGGUCGAGGGGAGGAGGCGGUGGCAGGAUGCCGUUGGACGACCACAACCAAUCGGGGCCUGGAGGUUAUGACGAUGGCUGGAAGGGUCCCAGAGGGCCACGGGCAGGAGGCUAUGGCGGUGGUGGUGGUGGGGGCCGCGGGGGUCGUGGCCGGAGGUGGUAAGGCACUCUGUAUGCCUUGUUAUUCCCAGUUCUACUGGCUGUAUUGGCGUUUAAUGGAAACAUGUGAUAUAGGCGUUAAGGGUUGGACGAGCGAUACCUAAGCUGAUUUGUUGUUUUGGGGCACAUUCCCAGGGGCACAUUUUCAUAAUUUGUGAGCUUGGUAGGCCGUACUAUGGUUUCACUCAACUGUGAACCCGGGUUUUCUAAUUAUGCUUUUCCCCCCUCCUUUAUACUACUAUGUGGUAUCGCUUUUCUGACAGUCAUUCUUUCCUAGCGAACAACAGUCAGCCCGGGCUAGUUCUAAAAAGUACAAAUCUUACUCUGUAGAACAUCGCUAUAUAGGUAGGCCAAGACUUUCUUGGUUACAAAAAGACCUUUUGUUGACCUUCGCUUUUGUAUAGUCGGUAUAUCUCGGGCCUAUGCGGCCGGUUUAUCUUCAGCCUUUGCUCUCGCGUCCUCAGCUUCAACCUCGUCAUCCCACCGAGCGUUGGGCGCUAGCGGCGAGAACAUCUUGGCCGGGGUCUCGCUCUUCUUCACCGCGUCCACCACCGAUGCUUUAGGUGCAGCGUUUGUCGACAGCGGCGGGAACUCGGCUUCGUUGUUAAUGGCCGGCUUGGAAACCUGCUGACCGUUGCGCCCACCACCUCCGCCACCGAAAUCUCCACCACGGCCGCGUCCUCGGCCUCCCCCACGACCAACACGGUGGUUGUGGUAGCCGCGCUCCUCAGCAAAGUCGUCGCCAUCUCCAGUGGCAUACUUACUACCCUGGAGCCCUCCCAGCCUGCCAGAAUGGAGACCCUUAGACCCCCUGAUUCCGCCGUUGGCCCCUCCCGUGAACGCCCUCCUGUCCUCCUGCUGCGCCUCCUGCUCCCAGGCUCCGUCCUUAGCGCCCAUAGCCUUGAGCUUCCUCUCCCGGUUCCUAGCCCUCUCGUCCUCGAGCCUCUGCCGGUCCUCCUCAGCCUGGCGGCGCUUUUCCUGCUCCGCCGCGCGUCUCUUGCGCGCAUCUUCAGCGCUGCGCGCCAUGGCCAUCUCGUGGUCCCGCUCGUCCCUCUGGGCCUGGUUGUGCCGCCGCAUCUUCUCGGCCGACGCAACCGCCAUGGCCGCCAUCUUGGCCGACAGCUCCUCAUCCGUAAGCUUGGUGCGCGGGUUCGCUCCGGACUUGAGUCGCGCCUCCGACGUCACUGACGCCGGCUUGACGGGAGUCUGCUGCCCCCCCGUUGCGGCAGUCGCGGCCGCUGGGCCCGUGGGCG